AGACUAACACGGCUACCCCUCUGAUACUCGCAAAUAUGGGACCAAAGCCUGUCCAUCUUACUCACGUGCGUUGUCCCAAUAACUUCAGUGUAGUGCUUACCAGUGUGAGAUAUUCCACUGACUUAAAUUCAACAAUUCACAGUGGUAAGCACUAAUGUAGUAGCAAGUGUUAAUAAGAUCAGGAUAUAGUUGCAUGUAAGGUCACCUUAGUAUUUGAAUAUUAACCAAACACACACAUAAAUAUUCAGUUUGAAUACACAUUCCUAAAGUAUAUCAAGUAUUUGUAAAUGAGUCAGGAUCUGUUGCAGUUUGUCAUCUCAUUAUAUCAUAGAUUUAUAGAAAAGGAGACUCAAAUACGUUCCCCUUUGGAGAAGAAUUAAACAUCGGCAUAUUCAUCCAUUAGCUUCUUUUGUUACCCACAAUCAAAGGCAAUUAAGCUAGGAUGAAAAGUGCUGUAUUACAGGUAGUUAUCAUAUCUGUGAAGUGGUGCUUAUGGCAGGAUCUGGCCCCUAAAGAUACAGAAAAUAAUGUGCAAAUUCCUUUAAAAUAUUUCCAGUAGAGUAAGGCAUGAGCAAGGGUGGCAGCAUCUGACUUUAAGUGCCUCACACAACAACAUGAAACCAAGGCUCCGAUCCUGCAAAUACUGUGAAAUCAGUAGGACUCCUCAAGUAAGUGAAAUGAAAGACAUAAAUAAGUAUCUGUAGGAGCAGGGCCUAAACUAUGGUUUCCAUUUUGUUCCUGUGACAUAUUAGGGAUUUCAGAUUCCUUUCUAAAAACAUGAAUGGAAUUGUGGAUGGAAUAUAUAUUUCUUUGCCUUAUGUUAAAUACACACACUGACAAACAUCAGUGUGUUUUUCGUAAAUGUUCUCUUAAAUGUUUCUGUGAUUAAAAUACUUAUCCAUAUACACUGAUUAUAAACCAACAGGCCACAAGGAUUUUAAGAUUCUCACAGCUGAAACACUCUGGCAGUGUGUCACAAAAGUUUGAGCUGCAGAACAUGAGACUAAAAGAGUGACAAUAAGCAAAAGAUGCAAAUGGAAAAAACAACAAAAAUGGUCAUUAGGGAGAUGGACAGACAAUACAAGAAAAUAACUGUAAGCCUGUCCUUGCAGAUGUGUAAUGUUUCAGACACGUGGGAGCAAAACAAAAGAUACUAGUGGUGUCCUGUUAUUUAUUGUUAGUAUUGUGGCAGCAGUUAGAAGCCCCAAUCAUGGGCCAGGACCUCACUGUGCUAGGAACUGAACAAGGAACAAAAAGUCUCUGCCCUAAACAGCUUACAAGCUAAGGUUCAAACUUUAAACUGAACCAAUGCAACAAAGGUCUUUCUCAUCUAGAGCAAAAUAGUGUCUUAUUUUUAAAGGCUUUCUACAUACACAUAACCCAAUCCUAAACAAUCUUUUAUACCUCAAAAAGGGAGAAAAAACAAAAAACCUCCAUAAAAUCCACUAGUGACUUCACUAUUGCUAAUUGAUAUUACAUUGAAGGGGCUCAGAUUCUACAGAGAUGGGUGAUAGUAUAAAUCCUUAGGGCAGGUCUACAUUACACUAGAAAAUUAUAUCAACGUGACUAUGUUGGUUGGAGUGUGAUUUAAAAAAAAACACCUAUAUUAUACCAUUAUAAACCCACUGGAGUUAUGCCAGUAUAAAGGUGCUUUAUGCUGGGACAGAUUAUUAUGCUUCCUGAACCAGAACAAGUUAUACCUGUGCAAAGCACUUUUAUUGUGAUACACGAUAGAGGAAGUCUGCGGCUCUGAAGCAGCAAAACUUUGUAAUGUAGACAAGCCUUCAGAUAGACAGUAUUUAUCUUACUGCUAGGUAUGCUGGUCCCACUAUCACUGAGGUCACUGACUUUGUCUUCACUACAAUAAAGGUGUGGUGUUGUUUUUUAAAUCCAGAGAUAGCUAUCUUGAUGUAAAAUCCUAGUGGAGACAAGGGGCACGGUAUUUUUUUACCUCCGUGUAGGUAGUUGAAAUCAACACUACACCCCGCACCUGGAGUCUACCUCCACUAGCUACAUGGAGAACUACCUGUGCAUUGUCUCCACUAGCAUUUUACAUCCAGAUUAAAAAGUUUGGUGGUGCAAUGAAGACAUAGCCAUUGACUUCUAGGGGAACAGACUAGACUUCUUACCAGCAGUGGUGCUGGAAUUGGGGGUGCAACAAGCUUGAAGUAGUAAUAACAAACACCACGUGCAUGGUUUCCAUCAUCAGCACCCUGGCUUGCCAGCGGCUCAGCAUCCCCACACAGCGGUCAGAGUGCGGCUGCGAGAGUAAAGCCAGCAGCUGAGACUCCAGCAGCGAACCCUAAAGCUUCUGCGCCUGCCUUGGUGGGACUGGCCCGCGUUUGGUGUGUGUUUGUGUUGGCCGGGGGACAUGCACUCAUCCUGCAUGCCCCCGAGCCUGCAGCGCCCGGCGGCUGCCCGCCUUCGGCCAUAGGUCCCUUUGUACAGCUGAGUAGCGCGGAAAGUUGCACAGAGGGCGGUUGGGCAGCGAGCAGGGGAGGGGAACACACAGCCCCCCGCAGCGGCUCUGGAGCCAGCCACACAAAGUCGCGGGGCCCGGUUCCGAGGGGAUCGAUGCCCCCCCAGCUCCGACCUGAGGCAGCGUCCCGGGCUGGAUCCUGACCGCCCCGGGUGCGGUGUCCAGCCUGUUGCUCUGAGCGGGCGCCGCCGGGGCAGGGGGAUCCGGCUCAAUGGGGAGCGUGUCCCCGCCGCUCUCCCGGGGGCAGCGACCGCCCCCCACCCCCUCAGGUGGGAGCCGGUAGCGCGGCCCUGCCCCGGCCCCGGAGCGCAGGGGGAGGCGGCGGAAGAUGGCGGCCGGGCGGGCCGCUCCUCCAGCGCUGGCUGCGGGCUCCUCCUCGGCUUGUCCCCGCCGCCGCCUCCUCCUCCCCCCUGCGCCGCCUCCUGCCCGGGGAGGGGAGCGGCAGCCCGGGCUGAGCCGAACUCGUGUGCUCUUUCUCGGCAGGAGUCCGAGAAGAUGGCCGGGGCCGAGGCGAGGAUGAGCGGGGCCGGGCUCCAGCAGCAGCCCCAGCCCCCGGCGGUGGGAACGGCGGCGGCGGGAGACGAGUCCUCGGACAGCGAGGGGGAGCACGAGGGCCCCCAGAAACUCAUCCGGAAAGUGUCCACUUCGGGCCAGAUCCGCAGCAAGACAAGUAUAAAGGAAGGGCUACUAUUGAAGCAAACAAGUUCUUUUCAGAGGUGGAAAAAACGUUAUUUCAAACUUCGAGGCCGUACCCUUUACUAUGCCAAGGAUUCAAAGUCUCUAAUAUUUGAUGAAGUUGACCUGUCAGAUGCCAGUGUAGCUGAAUCGAGCACAAAAAACGUCAACAACAGCUUCACGAUAAUCACUCCAUUCCGGAGGCUAAUAUUGUGUGCUGAGAACAGAAAAGAGAUGGAGGACUGGAUCAGCUCACUGAAGUCUGUACAGUCUAGAGAACAUUAUGAGACCGCACAGUUUAAUGUGGAACAUUUCUCAGGGAUGCAUAACUGGUACGCCUGCUCCCAUGCCCGACCUACCUUCUGUAAUGUGUGCAGAGAGAGCCUCUCUGGAGUUACUUCUCAUGGCCUGUCUUGUGAAGUGUGUAAAUUUAAAGCACAUAAAAGGUGUGCAGUCAGGGCAACAAAUAAUUGCAAGUGGACUACGUUAGCCUCCAUUGGGAAAGAUAUCAUUGAGGAUGAAGAUGGUAUAGCUAUGCCUCACCAAUGGUUGGAGGGUAAUUUGCCUGUCAGUGCCAAAUGUGCUGUCUGCGACAAGACCUGUGGCAGCGUUUUACGCCUCCAAGAUUGGAAGUGCCUUUGGUGUAAAGCUAUGGUUCACACUGCCUGUAAAGAUCUGUAUCCUCGAAAAUGUCCGCUUGGACAAUGUAAGGUAUCCAUCAUACCUCCAACAGCACUCAACAGCAUAGAUUCUGAUGGAUUUUGGAAAGCCACAUGCCCGCCAUCCUGUGCCAGUCCUCUUUUAGUUUUUGUUAACUCAAAGAGUGGAGACAAUCAGGGAGUAAAGUUUCUUCGUCGAUUCAAACAGUCGCUAAAUCCAGCUCAGGUGUUUGAUUUAAUGAAUGGAGGACCUCAUUUAGGUUUGCGGUUAUUUCAGAAGUUUGACAAUUUCCGGAUUCUUGUAUGUGGUGGAGAUGGAAGCGUUGGUUGGGUUUUGUCAGAAAUUGAUAAACUCAGCUUGCACAAACAGUGUCAGCUGGGAGUGCUUCCCCUUGGUACUGGAAAUGAUCUUGCCCGUGUCCUUGGUUGGGGAGGGUCAUGUGAUGAUGACACACAACUUCCUCAGAUUUUGGAAAAGUUAGAACGAGCCAGCACUAAAAUGCUGGACAGAUGGAGUAUAAUGUCAUAUGAACUGAAAUUACCAUCAAAUAUAAUCUAUAUGUACCCAUUGCUGAAGGUGACAAAGUACCUUUCCUGUUUUUCAUAUUUUUGUAGAAUCUGUGAAGCAGCAAAAAUACACAGCCUGUUGGAACAGGAGCUGGCUCAUGCUGUCAAUGCGUGUUCACAUGCAUUAAAUAAAGCCAAUCCAAGGUUUCCUGAGAGUCUUACCAGAAAUACUGCCAUUGAAAUAGCUGUCAAUGUGAAGGCACUACAUAAUGAAACUGAAUCUCUACUAGUAGGAAGGGUUCCUUUGCAACUGGAUCCCCCCCAUGAAGAGCUGCUGUCUGAUGCAUUACACAGUGUGGAGACUGAACUGAGAAAACUUGCUGAGAUUCCAUGGCUUUAUUAUGUUUUCCAGCCAAAUGAUGAUGAGGAUCCCCCUCUGGAUUAUUCUAAGAGAAACAACAGAAGUACAGUAUUUCGCAUAGUGCCAAAGUUUAAAAAGGAAAAAGUCCAAAAGCAUAAGAGCAGCCCUCAGCCUGUUCAAAAAUGGGGCACAGAUGAAGUUGCUGCUUGGCUGGAUCUGCUCAGUUUGGGAGAGUACAAAGAAAUCUUCAUCAGCCAUGACAUCCGAGGCUCUGAGCUUUUACACCUGGAAAGGCGAGAUCUUAAGGACCUGGGGAUAACGAAAGUGGGUCAUAUGAAGCGAAUUCUCCAGGGAAUUAAAGAGCUUGGCAAGAACGCUCCCUUGUCUGAAGUGUAACAAUACUGGUGCUAUCCUUGUAAGGAGGGAGAAUUGCUAGUUAGCAAAGUGGAGGCACUUUGCUGUCUUUGUAGUUUACUAUAUGGUUGAAUAAGCACUGGUGUACUAUGCAGGUUAAUAUAUCUGCAUUCUUGUGUGGUGAAGAGCUUGACCUGAGAAUCUGAACGGUUUUGUGCCAAAAAAAAAAGUUAUAUGUUCUGUGAAGACCUUUUCUUAGUGUGCAAACUUGGCAAGUUCAAGUAAGCACAUUUUGGUAAAGAGGUUGGUAUAUAGUGAACUGCACUGCCUGGAAAAUGUAAUUAAGUUAUGAUUGCUUUCCUUACAUAUGGCCCAGUACAGCUCUCUUACAAUGCAGCAACAUAUCACUGUAGAGCCUGAGUUUGCCUGGUUAACUUUCUGAGGCACAGCUUUCCUAAAACAUUUUGUACAGAAGACUGAGAGAUGGAACGUUCCUGGUUUUGCUUGCAAGACUGACAUUGCCUCAGGUACUUAGCACUCACUGGCCAAGGAGUAUGGUUACAGACACCACGAAUGCAAACUAUAAUGCAUGGUGUACGUGUCUGAAUCGUCUGUCUUUCUGUUGCAUGACAUAUCUGAUACUUUAAACACUUGAACAAUUUUUAUAUCAGUUUUAAUAAGAUUUAAUUUAUUACUACUUGUGUGUCUUUUAUUUGGUUACAGGCACUUUUCUAUUCUUCAGUGUUGUAUUUUACCUGAACAUGUUAUGUGGCAAAGGACUUGUGGAUGUGAACACUUAGCAUCUGUGCCAUAUUUAGCAAAUGAUGUGCAUUAUAUAUAAUUGACACAUUCUAUAGUUAGGUUUUAAAAUUACCCAUGUAGAGUAGGUAUAUCAGGUAAUUAAUUCUUGUGUUUUGGAGAGACAGGUACUUCACAAAAUUAUCAAUCAGCUUCCUAAAUGGAAAAUUAUGAGAGAGUUUUCUUAUGGCACAUUUUAAUGUAGCUAGUCAGUUACCUUGAAUAUCUGUACUAUAUUUUAUUUAUUAUGCAAAAAGAGGAUUAAAAAGGUUAGUGAAACAUUUUUAAAAAGCUAGAAGUAAUUUAAUGUUAUUUACUAUGUGUAUAAAAUGUUUUAAUGUUAUAGCUGAUUUGAUUUUGUGAGGUAAACUUCCCCAGUCUCAUACAAGAACUUAGCCAUGUGCACCAUUUUAAUAUUGUUUUUUAAAGGUUCAUUAAAUACCAAAACAAUGUACACGUCUACUCUACAUAUCUAUAUUCAAUCUGUUUCUUAUCAGUACUACUGCACUGGUAAAUCAUACAUAUGUAGUAACAAUGGUAACCCUUUCCCAAGAAUUGUACACUACGCAUGCUUAGGUAAAUCACACGCAAAACAAUAAUACAGAGUGUAAACAGGUUCACUUAGAAUUACUCUGAUACUAAACAUUUCAUUAGAACAGGGUUUAUGCAAUUCAGUUGGGGUGCAUCUAAAAAAGACGUCAUUUUAUAAUUAAUUGAGUUCCCAGAUCAUUUUUCACAAAGUAUUUAUCUAAUGGGAAAAGAAUUUAAAUAUCUCUGGAGAUAAAAACUACAGUAACACUACUUAAAUAAUUAGGAUAUCUUGAUGAUUCACAACUUGGGUAUAGUUACACAGUAAGGACUUCUCUAUACUGAAAACUUACAUCAGCAUAACUACAUCUCUCAGGAAUGUAAAAAAUCCACAACCCUGAGAGACUUAGCUAUGCCGACUUAACCCCUAGUGUAGACAGUGCUAGGCUGACGGAAGAAUUCUUCUGUCAACCUAGCUAUCGCCUCUCAGGGAGGUGGAUUAACUAUAGCAACAGGAGAACCACUCCUGUCACUGUACGGAGUGUCUACACUGAAGUGCUACAAGAGCACCUGGAGCCUUUUAAGUGUAGACAUACCCUAACUGAGCUUGUAUAAAAUGGAUACCUCCUUGCUGUUUGCAAGAAUGCCGCAUGCCAGCAAAAGAGGCAUGGCUUUUACUAAUAUAUAUAUAUUUGAGCAGACUUUCAUUUGGUUUAAAAAAGUUUAGUUUCCCACAUUUUUAAAGGGAACAGUGUCAAGUAUUAGGUUUAACUUUGGCCUAUCUUUCUCAUUUGGUAGGGGUUAUCCCCUGGAAGGUAAAUGUCUUAUUUACAUUUUUUUCUAACAUCCUUCAUCACUCUGUUGCCAGGAAAUUUUAAUAAAAAAUAAAUAGCUCAAGUCUGUCUGUCUCAAGCGCUAUGUGCUCUUCUGCUGUAGAGUAAAUAGAAGGACACAGUUCCGAGAACUAUGCUGACAUAACUGAUUAUGCGGGUAAACAAACAAAAGAAAGAAGCUGUGUUCCAUUAGGUUUUCAGCAAAAACCAAACCAAAACAAAAACAGUUUGCCAAGUGCAUUAUUUUCAAGCUGUUGUACUAAAAGGGUAUGCAAACAAUAGAGAGUUUUAAAAAUGUACUUGACACUGACUCCUUUAAUUAUGUUCAGAUGACAUCUGUUAUGACUCCAUAAACUAUACUUUCCUUUCUCUCCCCGUUUCUCUGUAAGCUACAGUGUGUACAUCUUAAUGUGCAGCAGCAUUCUAAUUUGUGGAUGUUCUGAUAGAAUAUAUAAUUAAUCUUGCUGGUAAACUCAAGAUUAUAAUUCAUUAGAGUAUUUUCUUUGCUUUCCUGGUCAUAGGAUGAAUUCUCUCUAACAUGCUCACUGUCUCACUAAACAAUGCAUAGAAUUGGGCAUAUGCAGCAGGAUUUCUUAAGACUAUACAGAAAUUGAGAAAGAGAACUAAAGAGACUGCCUCUGAAAAGGGUGAACUCCUUUUGGACAGGAAAAUGUAUUAUUAAUAAUUCCUCUUUGUUAUAACACUCCUAAAAUUACCUCAGGAUCGGACAACUUUUCAGCUGUUGUCUUUCUAUCAAUAGUCCAGAUUUUUUAAAUGACUGCCAAAGAAUUUAACUUCAGUUAUGUAAGUGGAGGUUUUUUAAUGUACAAGUAGACUAAGUAUUUCAGACUUUAUUUAUACUGUAUUUGACAGAGGCCCAGGAGAGCAAAUUUUAUAGGAAACUAUGACUCAAAAAUGUAUUGCAUAUCAGUUCCAAAUGCACUGAUGAGUAGAACAAAAAGAACUAAGGAAUCCUUUUACUGAAGGCAUAAAGUCUAUAAUGUUGUUUAACUAUGUGGAUUUUCUGCAGAAAGUACUUUUUAAACACAGUGUUACUAACUUAUGAUUUGAUAGCAACUUUUGAAAUAUUUAGUGUUUUUUGUUAAAGCCCCAGCUCCUGGAGUCCUUUUUUUUUAAAGUGAGUUUCAAGUCCUCAUGGCUGUAGAGAAAAGGUUGAAAACGUACUCGAAGGGCUCAGAAAGCAGAAGGCAAAUGAAGAGAUUCCCCAAACUAUUAUUUUUUAAAAUCUCUCUCUUUUUUUUUUUACCAAUAUGAUUUGUUGUGUGUGUGUGUGGGGUGGGGUGGGGUGUGGGGGGGUCUGACUCAUGACAGUUGAAACCUUGCGGCAGGUAAUAUACUAUAACCAAAAAAAACAAACAAAAAAACACCUCACUGGAGGGAAAAAAACAUGAUUUAAUACACUUAAUAUAACUCUUCUGCUCCUGUAUGUAGACAACUCACCUCUGCCCCAUUGCAAAUAUGUGCAAGGCAAAACAGAGGGGCAGUUGUUAUUAAAAAGGAAGUGAUGGUAUUUGUUCAGAUGACCUGGCUAUACUACUUAGAAGGAGGAAAGGGAGACAUGCAUGUUAAAAUGGUAGUAGAUUGUCACGGGCAGAUAUAUUAU